AUGAAUGUAAUGCAAUUAGCCAAAAAGUUUCCUCAAAUUCCUCAACACGAAAUACUUAAAAUCACCUCUCAAUUCAAUCAAAUAGACAUUGAUGGUAGCGGUGCACUUGAACAAAAAGAAAUUUUAAAAGCUUUACAAGACAUAGGUGAAGACAAUUCAUACGACGAGAUAAGAGCAACUUUAAAAGAAAUCGACUUAAGUUCUACGGGAAAAGUCGAGCUUGAAGAAUUUAACUGA